CUCUCUCUCUCUCUCUCUCCCUCUCUCUCUCUCUCUCUCUUUCUCCACUCACACACAUAGUGAAACAGAGAGUGAAGGAGAUGCUGGCAGCAGAGAAUGGAAGAGACCCAAGAUUGAAGGCCAUCUCAGACGCCAUAAGAGUCGUUCCUCACUUCCCGAAACCAGGCAUAAUGUUCCACGACAUAACCACUCUGUUGCUGGAUCACAAGGCCUUCAAGGACACAGUUGACUUGUUUGUCGAGCGUUACAGAGACAUGGGCAUCUCCAUUGUAGUUGGCAUUGAAGCCAGGGGAUUCAUAUUUGGGCCAUCUAUUGCUUUGGGUAUUGGUGCCAAAUUUGUCCCUCUCCGGAAACCAGGGAAGCUGCCAGGAAGAGUCAUAUCUGAAUCGUAUGAACUUGAAUAUGGCACCGAUCAACUCGAGAUGCACGUUGGAGCUGUUCAGCCAGGGGAACGUACUAUAAUCAUCGACGAUUUGGUGGCCACUGGUGGGACCCUUUCCGCUGCAAUCAGACUUCUAGAACGUUUUCAGGCUGAAGUGGUUGAGUGCGCCUGUGUCGUUGGUUCACCUGUUGUCCAGGGAGAAUGCGAGCUGAAAGAGAAGCCGCUGUUCGUUCUUGUGGAGCCCCACCUCUGAAAGUUGAGUUUGACAGGAUCAGCAAAUGAAGAGGAUCCAGUUUAGGACUGAUACGUGGGUUGCGCCUGGUGAAGCAUUUGUUCAUUAUUCUACGCCACCGGUUACUUCCUGCAACCAAAAAGGGUCCGAAGUUGAAGCCUAAACCUUUUGAAGGCAAAAUAAUGUUGCCGGCCCUGCAUUGGCUUCCUUGUGCACUAGGGGUAUCGAGCCAAUGUCCUUGUAAUAUUAUAUAUCAUACUUUCUUGAUGCACAUUGAAUAAGGAUUGGAGUAGGUCAAUCGUUUCAAUGAUCAGAGGACAGGAGACCGAACUCUACCAUGCUUUUUAGCCAAUUGCGUUGAAGAGCCAAUGCCUGAUAUUGGAUUGACUUCACUGUGACCUCUUUGUGUAGAAAAUUUCUUGUUCAUACUCUCUACAACACCAGAUCGGAAUUUCCUCUUGCUCGCGUGCCUAAGCAUAUCUGGUUAAAUGGCCGGUCCGGGCCUUGACUCGAACGUCAUAGCAGGCGAAACCUGCCCGGUGCAGCCCCAGUGGUCGCCACUCACUUCCAUUGUUGAGGACAGAUUGAAUUAGUAUGUCCUAGAAUCUGAAAUUUGAAUACUAAGAAUGGCGCAAAGAUUCCUC